AUGAACAUCACUCGCUACCGCUGGUCUGACUGCCCUCACGUCCAGCAUGUCAACGACUCGGGUCAGCCCAUGGGCUGGGUCGAGGUCAGAGACCCUAUCAACAGCAUCGUCGAUGCCCAACCAGACUUUGAUUGCCCUGCGUGUGAGGAUCCUGAUGUCACUCAACCUGGCAUCAGCAUCAUGCCUCGUGUGCCUGAAAGCACUCGUCAAUCUGCUCCAGCUCAGACUACAACCCUGAACCCAGUUGUCUCCUCGUUCACUCCAAGCCAGCCCAUGCCUGAUACCUACAAGUCCACGACUUCUGUCAAUGAACAUCUUGCUGCUCAGCAGGCCAUGGUCAACCCCUACGAACCGGCCGUCUCUAUCAACGACGACCCUGCCGUCCGCCAGGGCAUGUUCAACCCUUAUUCCAUAUCUGAUCCUUACGCAUCAGCUUUUCCUGCAAACCACUCCUUUGAUGCCCAGCAGGCCGUCACCCCUUACGCAUCGACUGUCUUGAACAACGACUACCUUGCUGUUCAACAACCUCUUGACCACCAAUACCACCACCAGCAAGUCUACAACUCAGCCGGCCAGGUCUCUGUGCCCCCUUCCUAUGGUCCCACCAGGCCCAUGGAGCUUGCUGGCACUAUUCCCGCCUACGGAUCUAUUCACCAGCUUGCUACUGGUUCUAUUCACAACAGCCACAGCCCCAAGAAGACCAGCAAGCCUCCUCAGCACAAACCAGGCAAGGAAUGCCCUGAGGGACACGCCAACUGCCACUGGCACUACACUCACUGGUGCCACGACAACCCCGCAACUUGCACGUUCGCCCUCCAAGCCAUCACCGCGUCUUUCCACGCUCACGGUGAGUGGAGACAUGCCCCUCCAGGCUGGAACGAGGCUCAUAAGUCCUGUAUCCGCGUCGAAAACCCUGUCAUGUGCCCUUUCCAUGAAGAGCUGGCACGUAGCAGCAACAGCAAGGGUGACAAACGACCUGCUGAUGCAGCGAUUGCAUGGUCCCGCAUGGUGGACGGACAGAGCAAACACGAACGCAAGCCCCCCUUCACCGUUUGCUCACCCAAGAUUUAUACAGCCCGUAUUCCUUCAACACAUUUGCUAGACUCGCAAGACUCUCGAAUUAUCAUGAUCUCAUCCACUGCAUCUUCAAAACGUGCCCACUGCUCUACUACCACAAACCUCAAGUGUUGUGCCAAAUGCCAUAAUGAGUGGUACUGCAGCCGCUCCUGCCAAAAGACUCACUGGAAGCUCCACAAGAAGUCUUGCACCAGCAAAGAUGGAUCUAUGCCCUCAUCGUCAUCAACUCGCAAACCUACUGCAUCCAAGAAUCUCUCCAAGACCAUCGACAAGCCAUUCCACAAACUCGAUGCCGGCACUUGGUUGCACGAUCGCUCCGAAAAAGAUGUCUUCAAGCUGCUCAUCGACACAUUUCGUCUACGCUGUAUGGACGAAUACACCUUCGAGAACAAGAUCACAAAAGGCACUGUCCAAGCCGGCGAACCAAACAGCAAGCCAGCCUUCCAGAAGUUCCUCCAUCUCGCUGAGAGCAAGGCUGGUGUUCUGCCCUUUUGGUGGUCUCGCGACAAGGCCCUUUUGGUGGUCUCGCGACAAGGCAGAUGA